UCUCGCUCACUCAACUUUCAGUUAUCGUGUUCAAGCUCGAGCGUUUUCAAGCUUCAACCCUCCUUUCAUGACCAUUCCCAACUCUGCCUUCUCAAUUGUACCUUCCUUUCUCUCAACGAAGCCUACCGCGCUUCCCUUUAGAAGCACGCCCCUUCACGCGCGCGAACCGACAGCAGCUCCGUUGAUCUCCUUCUCUCGUUCCCGAAGCGGCGCCGUUUUUUCUAUGCCUUCCGUCGGUGAAGACUUGCCUGUCAACUACGGUGACUGGCUUCCCAAUCUGGACUCCAAGGAUCGGCGACGAGCAGGCGUUUUGCUCCAUCCGACGUCGUUUCGUGGCCCUUACGGUAUCGGAGAUCUCGGUGACCAGGCGUUCGAGUUCCUCGACUGGCUUCAUUUCUCCGGUUGCUCCGUUUGGCAGGUUUUGCCGCUCGUUCCUCCGGGAAGGAAAGCCAAUGAAGAAGGAUCAACAUACUCUGGCCAGGAUGCAAAUUGUGUUAACACUCUGUUGAUUUGCCUUGAUGAGCUUGUGAAGGAUGGUUUGUUGGAAAAGGAUGAGCUUCCACAGCCAAUUGAUGCCGAGCGUGUGAACUUUUCAGCCGUAGCUGACUUGAAAGAUCCUUUGUACACAAAAUCUUAUCUUAAGGUAUUCCUUUCUUAGGCUGCAAAGAGGCUCAUCCAAAGUGAUGUUGAACUUAAAAAACAGCUUGAAGAUUUCCGCAAAGACCAGAACAUAGCAAGCUGGCUUGAAGAUGCAGCAUAUUUUGCUGCUAUUGAUGAUACUCUCAAUACAUUCAAUUGGUAUUUUUGGCCUGAACCAUUGAAAAAUCGCCAUCUUGCUGCCCUGGAAGAAAUUUACCAAAGUAAAAAGGAUUUCAUUGAUGUAUUCGUUGCACAACAGUUCUUAUUCCAAAGGCAAUGGCAAAAAGUUCGCAACUAUGCACAAACUAAGGGCAUUAGUAUAAUGGGAGACAUGCCCAUCUAUGUAGGUUAUCAUAGUGCUGAUGUUUGGGCAAAAAAGCAUUUUUUGCUGAACAGGAGUGGUUUUCCUCUUCUAGUUAGUGGCGUUCCUCCUGAUGCCUUCAGUGAAACUGGUCAGCUUUGGGACAGCCCUCUGUAUGAUUGGAACUCCAUGGAGAAAGAUGGAUUUUCAUGGUGGAUUCGCCGCUUAAAACGUGCUCAGGAUUUAUAUGAUGAAUUCAGGAUUGACCACUUUAGAGGAUUUGCUGGCUUUUGGGCUGUUCCAUCUGAAUCAAAGGUUGCAAUGGUUGGAAGAUGGAAGGUGGGACCUGGAAAAUCCUUGUUUGAUGCUAUCUCCAGAGCUGUUGGAAAUAUCAACAUAAUAGCGGAAGAUUUGGGAGUUAUCACUGAAGAUGUAGUUCAGCUCAGGAAAUCUAUUGGGGCACCUGGAAUGGCUGUUCUUCAGUUUGGCUUUGGAAAUGAUGCUGAAAACCCUCAUUUGCCUCACAAUCAUGAGUGCAAUCAAGUCGUGUACACUAGAACUCAUGAUAAUGACACAAUCCGAGGUUGGUGGGACAAUCUGAAGCAGGAAGAGAAGAAUAAUGUACUGAAAUAUCGUUCUUUAACUGAAGAAGAUGACAUACCCUGGGCACUCAUCCAGGCUGCUGUAUCUUCCGUGGCCCAAACUGCAGUCGUACCCAUGCAAGAUAUACUUGAGCUAGGGAAUUCUGCACGGAUGAACAUUCCAGCAACUCAAUUUGGAAACUGGGGUUGGAGGAUACCAAAUUCCAUGACUUUUGAUAGCUUGGAGACACAGGCUAAGAAACUAAGAGAUAUGCUUUCAGUGUAUGGGCGGCUGUAAAGUAAGAACUCUGUGAACUUUCGAAGUGGCUACUUACCUGAUUGUUGGUCGGCCAUGUCAGUUGUCGUAUGAGAUAAAUUUUGUACAAUUGUUUCACAUUCAUCAAAUAAUCAC